UAAACGAUGAGUGAGGUACGUUGGUUUGGUGCUAGUCAAGAUGAAAUCCUACGUGCUUCUCUUGGCCCUGCUGCAGUCUCUGGGUUGCUCAGGAAUCCCGCUGUACAACUCUGAGCUGGAGUCUCUGGCAGACAGGGGUCUUGGAACAUCGCUGGCAGAGGUCAACUCUGUGUACGCCGUCAGCCAUCUUUACCGGGUGACUCGAGGCUCUGUCACAAGGGUUAUUCCAAUGGGCCUGAACACCGUUGACCUGCUGAUGACAUUUGGCAUUAAAGAGACGCAGUGUGCAAAGUCUUCCGGAAGCGACCCCCUGACAUGCGCCUUCAGACCUGGUUUCUUCGUGCGAUCCUUCGCCUGCUUCAGUCGGGUCAGAAUGUCGGCCACCUCGACACAGUUGGUUUCUCUCAGAUGCGGCAACGACGGGAGCUCCAGCUCAGAGUCCAGCUCAGAGUCCAGUGAGAAGAUGUUCUCAAGAGGGAGACACCAGUUCCAUAUCCCGUCUGCAAACGGAGUCCCAGCUCCUCCUGCAACUUCCCCACCCGUCCAGAAUGAUCGCUCCCUCCACCGUCAGACAGUGGAGGUCCGGCCCAGAGGGGACACUUUCACCAACUACCUGGUGUGA